AUGCAGCAUGAUGGCGCAGGAUGCAGCCCAACCAGUGCUUACAAGGUGGUGGUGCGUGUCCGCCCAUCCAGCGACAGCCAGGAGGACCCCGAGGUGGUCCAGGUCCUCUCCAAGACGCGGCUGCGGGUGCAGCGCCUCGAUCAGGAGCCUUUGGAGUUGCAGCUGGACCAUGUCUUGGACUCUCCAAGCAGCCAGGAAGACGCCUUCUCUGCGGUGCGGAGUAUCGUGGCGCGGGUCCUGGAAGGUGCCAAUGGCACGAUUCUAGCUUAUGGCCAGACUGGAAGCGGCAAGACCUACACCAUGACAGGUGAGGCCUCGCCUUGCGCCCGCGGCCUCAUUCCGAGAACGCUGGAGCAGCUCUUUCAAGGCCUGGAGACUGAUCUGAGCCGUCGGGAGACCACCAUCCAGGUGUCCUUCCUUGAGAUCUACGCGGAGCGCGUCUUCGACUUGCUGACAGGGCCUCGGCCAAAGAACGUCGAAGAAGGCUUCUCCGUGAGGGCCAAUGCACAUGGGAACGCUGCAAGGCGCCCCUUGGCUGGAGGCCUGGAAAUCAUGGAGGGUCGCGGCGGUGCAGUUCUGGUGCCAGGGCUGACGGUUGUCAAAGUGAGCAACCUGGAUCAGGCCCUGGAAGUGCUGAGGAUCGGCACCCUGAGCCGGACCUCUGGAGACAACGGUUUUAACUCUUCCUCGUCGAGGUCCCAUGCAAUCUUCCAGGUCCUGGUCGAGCCGAGCCCCUCUCGCCGGGCGGCGGGGGACCGACGAAUUUCGAAGCUGAACCUCGUGGACCUCGCAGGCUCUGAGAAGCUCAAGCCCGAGUCUGCCCCUGCCGGCGCGACCCUCCAGGAGCUCACUUGCAUCAAUCUCUCGCUGUCCACCUUGGGCAAGUGCAUCUCUGCGAUCGUUUGCCAGAGGCGCACGCACGUACCGUAUCGGGAUUCCAAGCUGACACGACUGCUUCAGGAUGCCCUGAGUGGGCAAUCCCUGGCGGCGAUGAUCAUUUGCAUCUCACCGCUCAUGUCCUCCCUCGAGGAAACUUUGAGCUCCCUGAAGUUUGCGGACCGGGCGAAGCAGGCAGUGUUGGAUCAUCUUCCGGGCUCGGCGUCGCCCUCGCCAGCGGCCGCGAGCACGGCUUCGAGCCUAGCAAUGGCCCGGCGGGUGGAGGAGCUGCAAUCCAGGGUGCAGGAGCUGUCGGCGGAGCUGCAGAAGGAGCGAUCUGAAAGACAACGCCUGGAGCAGCUUCUGACGCGGGAGUUGAAGAUGACUUCCUGGAAGUCGAAAGAGCCCAAGAGGGGCGGAAGCCUCUCUUUGCCGAUCUCCGCCCGGAAGCGCAGCUCGAGCUCCAAGCUGAAGUGGGACAUCGUCAAGCACCUUUCGGAGCACCCGGGCCUCGCCGACCUCACAGCCCUGAAUUUGGGUGAGGAAGCGUGGUUGGCACAGGCCUUCGGCGGCGAUGCCCAGUCCACGCAGUCCACUUCGAGCUCGAGCGACUCGGAGCAGGGCCGCUUGGACAUCCGCUCCUCGGGAAGCCGCAGCUCCGGGAAGCGUGCGAAGGGCCAUGCAGUCUUGGCAUACUUACAGCGGCUCUCGAAGCAGAAUGCCGAGCUCCUGGCGCGCAUGGAGGCACUGGAGGGCCGGCAAGCGGACCAGAAAGAGGCUUUGGAAAGACGAAGGCCUGGAGAGGAGCUGAGCCCGACGCCGCUACCCAGGGAAGAGAGCCAGAGCCCUCAGAAGGAGCUCUGGAGUACCUCCAAGAAGGAGUUCUGCUUCGAAGCAUCGCCGGCGCACCGAGGCUCCAAGGACUCGCGAGACUCCAGGGACUCUUUGCAUUCACCGGCCUGCAGCGCCGAGACCGCGACGCCCAAGACGGGCAACUCCCCUUCACUGGAGCAGCGACGUGAGCUCUUGAAGAAGGCCCGCGACGACAAUGCCCGCGUCCGUGCCGAACUACGGCAGCAGGACGACCGCGGACACUACAGUGACUGCGACCCCUUGCAUUCUGAGGUGAAGAAACUCCAGGAGGCUCGGAAGCUGUUGCGUAGGCCCGCGUGA